ACCAAACUUAGAAGAAUGAGUUGGUUUCUUGGGAUUUUGUUCCUGAGUUUCAUAUAUGGCAGUGUUUCAGAGGUUCAAGACAAAAAUGACCGUUCUGCUGCUGUAAUUGGUACUGUUUACUGUGACACAUGUUCUGAGCAAGAUUUCACACCCGAAACCCCCUUCAUUUCAGGUGCCAAAGUUGGUGUAGAAUGCAAAUUUGGGUAUUCAGUACCAAGUUUCAAGGAAGAAGUGGAGACAGAUAAACAUGGUGAAUUCAAAGUGAAGCUACCAUUCAAAGUGUGGAAGCAUGCACAGAGAAUCAAAGGGUGCACUGUCAAACUCAUUAGUAGCAGUGAGUCAAAUUGUGAUGUGCCCUCAGUUUCCACCUCUUCUUCAGUGAGUCUCAUUACAACAAAGCAAGAAGAACACAUUUUCUCAGCUGGCUUCUUCUCAUUCAAACCUGUUCAAAAACCAAGCUUUUGCAACCAAAAACAAAGUGUUUCAAACCCAUCUAUAUCAGAUGAAAAUUCAGCAGUAGAUACCGUUUUCCCUCCCCUCCCAUUCCUACCUCCAAUCCCAUUCCUACCUCCAAUUCCCUUCCUACCUCCAAUCCCAUUCCUACCUCCAAUUCCUUUCCUUCCUCCAAUCCCAUUCCU